UUUUUCGCUGGCGGACUUCACGGACGCCUUCCAAGAGACCGAAGUGCAGCGAGUUCUGCGCGCCUACGAACACAGCAUCACGAUCGACGUACACUGCGCUCCAGAAGGAGACUGGACUUCCGAACGAAUGUCGCGAGAGCCCUUCAGCCGAUACUGCAAGGUGCGAAUCAAUCCCGACGACCGAAUGACGGCCGGCGGCGCCGCCAUCGGCAACUUCAUCAACUACCUGUCGGCGUUCGUGCGCGCCGCGCCGCUAGAGGCGCUACUGGAGCCCAGCGACGUGGUGGGCAAUAUCCGGUUCAGCCACCCCACUCUCUACGUGUUCCCCGGCGGACAGGGGGACGCGGCACUCUUCGGCAUCAACGGUUUCAACAUGCUGGUGGACGGCGGGUUCGCGCGCAAGGCGUGCUUCUGGGACUUCGUGCGCCACCUGGACCGCUUGGACGCAGUACUGGUGACGCGACUCAACAACGGCAACGUAAACGGCAUGUCGGCCGUGCUGCGGCGUAAGCAGGGCGGCCACGUGUACCCACAGAUCGGACACUUCUUCUGCAACCUGCAGGAGCGGAAACACGCAGCGUCUCCGGACGGCGACAAGGACCGCGACCCGCUGUUGAUCGACCUGACGGUGGAGGCGCAUGAGAUGGUGGUCAACCUGCACCACCUGGCGCUCAAGCCGCAUGCCUGCUACAGCUCGUCCGACCCCAUCAACCUGUACCACAAGGUGGGCCACGGCAAGCUCGACAUGUACGUGCUGAGCCCGGCGCGGGACAGCCGCGACCUCAAAGAGUUCCUCGCGCGGUGGAACGCCACCGACACGUCCAAGAUCUUCUCCAGCGGCGGCAGGAAAAGCUCUGGCAGUGAGUUUGCCUUCCCACUGCAAAAUCUAGUUUCUAUAUGCGCGCUGCUCGUGUGGCAGCCGGCGAACCCGAACGAUACGAUUACACGCAUUCUGUUCCCUGGAUCUGCACCGCAGCACAAGAUCUUCGAGGGCAUAGAGAAGCUCCGACACCUUCAGUUCCUUCGUUACCCGGUCUGCUCUGCAAAGUCUCUCUCACCGUCCACAUCAGCAGUUACUAUCAGCAGCCGCAAGCAGCAGUUACGGUCAGCUGCUCCUGCGGUCAUUGAUAAGCUGCUGCCAGGAGAAGUUGCCAAGCAGCAGGCCUCACCACCAUCAAAGCCUGUGGAUAAGGCUGCUCCCAAAAGUGCGACAAUCCCAGUCACGGGUGUGGAGAAACCCGUGCAGCCUAGCAAGACUGUUCCCCCAAGCGCCGCACCACCCCCAGCUGCCCCCACAGCUGCACCUCCUCAGGUUCCAGCAGCGAAGCCUGUUCUGCCGCCGUCAAGGGCCAAGCCCGAACGCUUACCCGCAAAAACCGAACCACCCAAAACUAAGACUGAUAUAGUUAAGACUGCUGACACAGAAAAAGUUAGUGCAAAAGUAGAUAAGACAUCCAAGACAGAAGUAGUGAGAAUGAAGGGGGAACACAAAUCAAAGACAGAAAUGAAAACGUCCACAGUGAAAACACGAGCUGAAACCAAAUCCACCCGUUCCAUAGAAAGGAAAGCACAGAGGACAACAAUUACAACCUCUAGUGUAACAGAGAAAAAGACUGACAUAAAAUCUUCUCCUACUACACCUAAAAAAUCUGUUGAACAUAAAGUUAACGGAGUUGCACCAAAGCCAGAGCCAAUGAAACAUGCUCGACCAUCGAGUAGAACUAGACCGUCCCCAACCUCCACUCCAGCAAAAAGUGCAAAAGAAGCCAAUAAUCGGAAGGUCGUAGAAUCAAAAUAUCACAUUUCAAAAGCCUCUAAAUUGACUACAUCAAAGGCUGCUAAGAAGGAAGUGCAAGAACCAGCAGCAAAAGCUGAGAGGAAGCCUGUGAGCAGGCGACCAAAGGCAACUCCCAGCUCUCCUGCUAAGAUAGCAGCAAAAUCACCGGGUUCACCAGCCAAGUCUUCUUCUGCCAAAAGCACACCAACUCCAUCUGUCAAAUCAGAAAAAGAAGCUGUAAUCAGAAAAAGAAAGGUUGAAACUGGAAAAAUUACUGCUGACUCAUCUGCAGUAUCAACCCCAUCAACUACUGAAGUAGAAACUGUUGUGAAAGCAAAGGAAAUAGGAAAAGUCCAGGAACCUCCCCUUGUAAAUGGCCACAUAUCAGAAAUGAUCAUAACAAAGGAAGAUAUCUCCAAGGAGCUUUUAGACAAACCCCUUGAAGAGACUUACAUUGAGAAAAAGACUGAAAAAAUUGACAGUGAAACUAUAAGAAAGUCACCAACUGAUGACCAACAAGAAGUUACAGAAAGAGAAGACAAAACUUCAGUUAGAGAGAAAGAAAUUAAAGACAUUCCUACUAUAGAAGGAAAAGAAAAACAAAUGGAUGAAGAAACUGUAGAAAAAGAAGUAGAAGUUGAAGAAAAAGAGAUGGUAGUUGAAGAUAAAGAGUCUGAGAUAGAAGAGAAGGAAACCGAACUUGAAGAGAAGGAGUCUGAAAUUGAAGAAAAAGAAUCUGAAGUUGAAGAAGGAGAUGAUUCCAGGCAACUUAUGCAUGAAAAGGAAGAUAUAGAGGCUACAGAAGAGGAACAAACUGAAGAAAUUGAGGAUGAGGAAGGACCUGUUGACAUAAAGGAAUCAUUACAUGCUGAACUUGAAACAGAAGUAAAGAAACUGAUGAGAGAAAAGAUAGAAGGAGGAGAAGAAGAAGAAGGGGGAGGAACAGAAGAAGAAGAAGAAGAAGAGGAGGAGGAGCAAGAAGGGGAGGAAGAUGAGGAGGAUGAAUACUUAAUCGUUGAAAAAGAAGAUGUAGAAUCCUACCAAGAACAAGAAAGUAUUGAAUCACAUUUACCAGAUGAUUUUGAUAACAAAGAUAUUGAUGUUGAGGAAGAAGAUGAAGGGGAGCUUCAGAAGCACUUAUUAGAUGAAGUUGAAACAGAAAAGACAAAGAAAGAUAUAGAAAAAGAAGAGAUGGAUACAAAAAUGCGCAGAGAAGUAGAAUCUCAAAAGGAACACUUAAUAAAGGAAAAAGAGGUAGAUAUAUGUCUUAAAAGUAAAGCCGAAAAAGAAAUAACUGAAACUGAAAAAAUGAAGGAGGAACAUGUUGAGGAAAUAAAAGAGCAAGAAACAGAAGGUGUUACUGAAGAAACUGCUAAGCCAUUGAAGGAAGAAAUUACAAAAGAUCACAUUGAGGAGAAAGUGGAGGAAAUUAUUUCAUCAGCAAAAGAAAUAGUAACUAAAGGAAAAUUUGAAGAUGAAAGAAAGCCUGGAGUGUCUCAAGAAUCAGAUAAAGAUAUACAGAAAGAGGAACUGUCUGAGAGCAAGAAAGAACCUGAAACAAGUGAAGAUCUCAAAGAAAUUUCAUCAAUUAGUCCUGAAGAGAAAAUAGAUGUUUCUUCAGAGAAAGUCCGAGAAACUACAGACACUGACCAUAAGCUUGAUGAUGGAGGUCAUGACAUGAAAGAGAUUCCCUCAAAAGAAAUUCUAGAGCAGAAAUUUAUUGCAGAGGAAAGCCAGCCAGAUGAAAAGGUGUCUACAACUAUAGAAUCUGCAGCUACAACGGCACCAACACUUCCUGAAGAUGAACGCAUACCUCUAGAUGAAAUAAAGGAAAUCGUUGAAGAAAAAUAUGUGAAAGAAGAGACAAAGGAGAAAGAAAAACCAGUGGCAGAAGCAGUAACACGUCUAGAGCAGCCAACUACUCUGCCACAAGUUGUAAUGCCAAUUUUUGAAACUCACAUUGCUCAUGGGAUUAUUCAUCAAAGAGACAUCGUUAAAACACCUGAUGAAGUUGCUGACCUGCCAGUCCAUGAGGAAGUUGACCCUGGUAUGUAUGAUGCUGAUGACUUUGUAAGAGACUUUCAUAAAACAAAAUAUGAAGUGCAACUUUCGAAAAAACAACAAGAUACUGAAGAGAUCAAAGACUACAUACCUGAGGUUGGUGCUGCAGAAGAAAGACUGAAAAUAGAUACAGGAAAGGCUGACACAUUGAAAGAAUCUUUAAAACAGUUUGAAGAUGAGAAAGAAGUUGAAGAAGUCAAAAUAGCACCUGAGGAAAGAUUUGUUGAUGAAAUUGAAGACAUUAUACAUGUAAAAAGAGAAAUAUCUGAUGUAGCAAAACCAUCAGUGAAACCAGUCUCUGUGGCACAACUUGAAGAACUUGUGCCAAAGGAAGACAUGGCAAAGCCUACUGAUGAGCCAAAACCUGUUACGGUAAUAUCAGAAGAAAAACUUCUGGAAGCUACCUUUCAGACAUAUGCAGAUCUAAAAGCUACAAAAGAGAAAGUAGACGAAUUAAAAGAAAAAUUCACUGAAGAAGCAAAGAAAGCUGUAGAGAAAGAAAUAGAUUAUGCUGCAAUUUUAGAAAAAGACAUUGCUCAUGACAGAGUUGCCUUACAGGAAAUGAGAGAAGAAAAGAAAACAGAAGGAGAAGAAAUUGGUGCAGAAUACAUAUCUUCUGACAAGAAAUACAUAGAAGAACAACUGGAAACUAUUUCAGAUCAACUAAAACAAAAGGAGAAAGUUAUUAGUGAAGAAAUUUCAACACUGCAACAAACAUAUGUAAAGGAGACACCUGAAGAGAAAGGAAAGGAUGAAAUGAAACCACUUCCAAUGGAUGUUGUGCAGGAAAAGAUGCGAGAAGAGAAACAGAAAUUUGUUACAGAAGAUGUCACUGAAAGAACUGAAAAACUGGAAGGGGAUAAAGUUAUCCAAGACAAAAAGAUUGAAAAGGAUGUAAAGAAAGAUGUUCCAGCAGAAAUUAAGGAGCUGGAAGACAAAGAAAAGCCUGUUCCAAAGGAAAUGACUCAAGAGGUAAUUAUGCAGGAUGAGAAAAUUAUUUCAGAUGAGUUAGUCAGGGCAAAGAAGGUAGCAGAGAAAGAUGAACUCAUCACAGAAGGUGAAGAAAUUAAAAAACUGAAAGAAGAGGAAGUUGUUCCAAAAGAAGUUAUUGAGGAGACAAUAAAAGACAAGGAAGUAUCAAAAGUAAUGGGUGAGGAGGAGAUGAAAGAAGAAAGAGUUGUUAAAGAAGACAUUAUUGAAGAAAUCAAACAAUUAGAAGGUAAAGAGAAGUCUACUCCAAAGGAAGUUCUUGAAAAAAAAAUUAAAGAAGAAGAUGAAACCAUCUCAAAGGAGAUGAUUGAGGUAGAGGAAAAGGAAGAGAAAGUUGAUACAGAAGAUAUCGUGGAUAAAAUUCCAAAGCUGGAAGAGAGAGACAAAGAUGUUCUGAAGGAAGUUGAUGACAAAGAGAAAUCUACUCAAAAGGAUGUAGCUAAAGAUGAAACAAAAGGAGGAGAGGAAAUGGGUUUGAAGGAGUUGGUAGACGUAACGAAAAAAAGAGAAAUUGUUACAGAAGAUAUCAUAGCAGCUAUUCCAAAACUAGAAGACAAACAGAAAGUUUCAUUGGAGAAACUUGAUGAAAGUAAGAUAAAGGACAAGAAAGAAGAAGAAGAAAAGGAAAAAAGAAUUGCAGAAGAGAUAAAGAAAGACAUUGUAGAUCUAAAAGAACAGGAGCAGCUUUUGUCCAAAGAUGUAGCUAAAGAAAAGCCGGAGGACAAACAGAAAGAAGAGAUUGAUAAAUCUUUAAGAGAACUAGAAGAUACAGAGAAACUUUCACCAAAAGAAGUGAAAGAAAUCCAAACUUCAAAGGAGAAGAUUCCAGAAAAGGAGACAGAAGAGCAAUUGAUAGUUGCUAAAUAUACCACUGAAGAAACAGAUAAACUCAAAGAAAAAGAGAAAAUUCAGGCAAGGGAAAUGGUGGAAGAUAAAGCAAAAGAAGGUAGGAAAAUAGAGUCAGAGGAAAUUAUUCAUGAAAAGAAGAAAGACGAGAGAGAAGUAAUUACUAAAGAUAUCACUGAAAAACAAGAAGGGAAAGAGAAACUUUCCCCAAGGGAGGUAGUUGAAGAGAUUACUGUCAAAGAGGAAGUAAGUGUUUCAGCAGAGGCUAUUCAGAGAGAGGAAACUAUCAAAACUGACCUCACCACAGAAAUUAAGAAACCACAGGAAAUGGAGAAAAUUGUAUCAAAGGAAUUAGUUGAAGAGAAGGAAAAAGAGUCUGAAGAAAAGAUAAAAGCUAUUACAGAGGAUGUGGCAUUGGUAAUGUUAAAAGCAGAAGAAAAGGAGAAGCCUGCUCCAAAGGAAAAGGCUGAAGAGAAGAUGAAAGAAGAGAAACUAGUUUCUAAGGAGGCAGCAGAGGAAGAUAAGGGAGAAGACAAAGAGAUAGUUAUUACUGAAGAUAUACCUGAAGAAAUAAAGCAACUAGAAGAAAAAGAGAAACCUGCUCCAACAGAAAUUUCUGAACAUAAGACAAAAGAAGAGACAGUAGUACUAAAGGAGCAGGUUGUGGAGAAGAAGGUUGAUGACAGAGUUAUUACAGAGGAUAUAACUAAGUUGGACGUAAAAGAAAAAACUCCCUCUGAUGACAGGGUUGAAAUAAAGGCAGAAGAAGAGAUAAUAACUAUAAAGAAAGUGGAUGAGGAAAAGAAGGAAGAAGAAAAAGAAAAAGUUGAAGUUGCUGGAAAACAAAUUGUUGAAGAGGGAGCAAAGGAAGAAAAAGAUAUUUCACAGAAGAUGGCUGAAGAAAAGAUAGAAGAGAAGGAGAAAGUUGUUCCAGAAGAACUCACCAAAGAAAUAAAACAGCUGGAUGUGAUUGAGAAACUAGUAUCGAAAGAAACAAGCAAAGUAAAAUCUGAGGAUGAAGUGGAAAGAAUUUCAAAGGAAAUUGAUCAAAAAAUGAUUAUAGAAGACAAAAAGAAAAUUGUUCCUGAAAUCACUGAACAUGUUAAAAAACUGGAAGAAAAAGACACAGGUUUACCAAAGGAAGAAUUAGAACAGAUGAUUCAGGAGGAAUGGGAAAUAGUUUCAAAGGAGAUGAUAGAGGAAGAGAAGAAAGAUACAAGCGAAGCUGUAACAGAAGCAACUGUUGUAGAAAUCAAGGAAGCAGAGGAAAAAGAAAUAACUAUCCCUAAGGAAAUGGAUAAAGAAAAGAUAAAAGAACCAGAGAAAAUGAUUACAAAGGCUGCAAUAGUGAAAAUGGAAGAACAUAAGGUUAUUACAGAAGAUAUCACGGAAGAACUGAAAAAGACAGAAAAAAAAGAGGAAACCGUACCACAUGCAUUACCAGAAGAAAAGGCAAAAGAAGCUGAGAAACCACUUUUGAAGGAAACAAUAGUGAGAAAGGAAGAAGAGAAGGUUAUUACAGAACAUAUCACUGAAGCAGAGAUAAAACCAGAAGAAAAAGAGGAAACUGUGCCACAUGAAAUAUGCGAAGAAAAGCCAAAGGAAGCUGACACAGUGGUGAAAAAGGAAGAAGAGAAAGUUAUUACGGAAGAUAUCAUUGAAGAAGUGAAAAAAACAGAAGAAAAAGAUAAAACUGUUCCACAUGAAAUACCUGAAGACAAGAUAAAGGAAGCUGAGAAACUAGUUCCAAAAGAAACAAUAGUGAAAAAGGAAGAAGAGAAAGUUAUUACACAAGAUAUCACUGAAGAAGUGAAAAGACCAGAAGAAAAAGUGAAAAUGGUUCCAUCUGAAAUACCCGAAGAAAAGAAAAAGGAAACUGCAAAACCAGUUAUAAAGGACACAGUAGUGAAAAAGGAAGAAGAGAAGAUUAUUACAGAAGAUAUCACUGAAGAAAUGAAGAAACCAGAAGAAAAAGAGGAAAUUAUUCCACAAGAAAUACCCGAAGGAAAGAUAAAGGAAGCUGAGAAACCAGUUUCAAAGGACACAGUAGAGAAGAAGGAAGAAGAGAAGGUUAUUUCAGAAGAUAUCACUGAAGAAGUGAAAAAACGAGAAGAAAAAGAGAAAACAAUUUCACAAGAAAUACUUGAAGAAAAGGCAAAGGAAGUUGAGAAACCAGUUUCAAAGGACACAGUAGUGAAAGAGGAAGAAGAGAAAGUUGUUACAGAGGAUGUUACUGAAGAAGUGAAAAAACCAGAAGAAAAAGAGGAAACAGUUUCACAAGAAAUACUUGAAGAAAAGGCAAAGGAAGCUGAGAAACCAGUUUCAAAGGACACAGUAGUGAAAGAGGAAGAAGAGAAAGUUGUUACAGCAGAUAUCACUGAAGAAGUGAAGAAGCCAGAAGAAAAAGAGGAAACUAUUCCACAUGAAAUACCUGAAGAAAAGGCAAAGGAAUCUGAGAAACCAGUUUCAAAAGACAAAGUGGUGAAAGAGGAAGAGGAAGAGGUUACUGCUGAAGAUAUCAUUGAAAAAGUCAAGAAAUCAGAAGAAAAAGAGGAAACUUCUCGACAUGAAAUACCCGAUGGAAAGAUAAAGGAAGCUGAGAAACCAGUUUCAGUGGACACGGAAGUGAAAAAGGAAGAAGAGAAGGUUAUUACAGAAGAUAUCACUGAAGAAGUAAAGAAACCUGAAGAAAAAGAGCAAAUUAUUCCACAUGAAAUACCUGAAGGAAAGAUAAAGGAAGCUGAGAAACCAGUUUUGAAGGACACAGUAGUGAAAAAGGAGGAAGAGAAGGUUAUUAGAGAAGAUAUCACUGAAGAAGUGAGAAAACCAGAAGAAAAAGAGAAAACAGUUCCAUCUGAAAUACCCGAAGAAAAGAUAAAGGAAGAUGCAAAACCUGUUUCGAAAGACGCAGUAGUUAAAAAGGAAGAAGAGAAAGUUAUUACAGAAGAUGUCACUGAAGAAGUGAAAAAACUGGAAGAACAAGAGGGAGCAGUACCACAUGAAAUACCAGAAGAAAAGACAAAGGAAGCUGCAAAACCAGUUUCAAUGGACACAGUAUUGAAAAAGGAAGAAGACAAGGUUAUUACAGAAGAUAUCACUGAAGAAGCAAAAAAAACAGAAGAAAAAGAGAAAACAGUUCCAUCUGAAACACUUGAAGAAAAGGAAAAGGAAGCUGCAAAAGCAGAUUCAAAGGACGCAGUGGUGAAAAGGGAAGAAGAGAAGGUUAUUACAGAAGAUAUAACUGAAGAAGUGAAGAAACCAGAAGAAAAAGAGGAAAUUAUUCCACAUGAAAUACCAGAAGGAAAGAUAAAGGAAGCUGAGAAACCAGUUUCAAAGGACACAGUAGUGGAGGAGGAAGAAGAGAAGGUUAUUACAGAAGAUAUCACUGAAGAAGUGAAAAAACCAGAAGAAAAAGAGAAAGCAGUUCCACAAGAAAUACUUGAAGAAAAGGCAAAGGAAGCUGAGAAACCAGUUUCAAAGGACACAGUAGUGAAAAAGGAAGAAGAGAUGGUUAUUACAAAAGAUAUCACUGCAGAAGUGAAAAAACCAGAAGAAAAAGAGAAAACAGUUCCAUCCGAAAUAAUUGAUGAAAAGGCAAAGGAAGCUGAGAAACUAGUGUCGAAGGACACAGUGUUGAAAAAGGAAGAAGAGAAGCUUAGUACAGAAGAUAUCACUGAAGAAGCGAAAAAACCAGAAGAAAAAGAGAAAACAGUUCCACAAGAAAUCCUUGAAGAAAAGGCAAAGGAAGCUGAGAAACCAGUCUCUAAGGACACAGUAGUGAAAAAGGAAGAAGAGAAGGUUGUUACAGAAGAUAUCACUGAAGAAGUGAAAAAAACAGUUCCACAAGAAAUACUUGAUGAAAAGGCAAAGGAAUCUGAGAAACCAGUGUCAAAGGACACAGUAGUGAAAAAGGAAGAUGAGGAAGUUAUUACAGAAGAUAUCACUGAAGAAGUGAAAAAACCGGAAGAAAAAGAGAAAACAAUUCCAUCUGAAAUACUUGAUGAAAAGGCAAAGAAAGCUGAGAAACCAGUGUCAAAGGACACAGUAGUGAAAAAGGAAGGAGAGAAGGUUAUUACAGAAGAUAUAACUAAAGAAGUGAAAAAACCAGAAGAAAAAGAGAAGACAGUUCCAUCUGAAAUACCCAAAGAAAAGACAAAGGAAGAUGCAAAGCCAGUUUCAAAAGACACAGUAGUGAAAAGGGAAGAAGAGAAAGUUAUUACAGAAGAUGUCACUGAAGAAGUGAAAAAACCAGAAGAAAAAGAAAAAACUGUUCCACACGAAAUACCUGAAGAAAAGGCAAAGGAAGCUGAGAAACCAGUUUCAAAGGACACAGUGUUGAAAACGGAAGAAGAGAAGGUUAGUACAGAAGAUAUCACUGAAGAAGCGAAAAAACCAGAAGAAAAAGAGAAAACAGUUCCAUCUGAAAUACCCGAAGAAAAGAAAAAGGAAGAUGUAAAACCAGUUUCAAAGGACGCAGUAGUUAAAAAGGAAGAAGGGAAGAUUAUUACAGAAGAUGUCACUGAAGAAAUGAAGAAACCAGAAGAAAAAGAAGAAACUGUUCCACAUGAAAUACCUGAAGAAAAGGCAAAGGAAGCUGAGAAACCAGUUUCAAAGGACAUAGUACUGAUGAGGGAAAAGGAGGAGGUUAUUACAGAAGAUAUCACUGAAAAAGUGAAGAAACCAGAAGAAAAAGAGGAAACUGUUCCACAUGAAAUACCUAAAGAGAAGGCAAAGGAAGUGGAGAAACCAAUUUUGAAGGACACGACAGUGACAAAGGAAGAAGAGAAGAUUAUUACAGACGAUAUCAGUGAAGAAGUGAAGAAACCAGAAGAUAAAGAGGAAGCUGUUCCACAUGAACUGCCCAAAGAAAAGGCAAAGGAAGCUGAGAAGCCAGUAUCAAAGGACACAGUAUUGAAAAAGGAAGAAGAGAUGGUUAUUACAGAAGAUAUUACGGAAGUGAAAAAGCCAGAAGAAAAAGAGAAACCUGUUCCACAUGAAAUAGUUGAAGAAAAAUCUAAGGAAGUGGUCAAAGCAGUUUUUAAGGACACAACAGAGGAAAUUAAAGAAGACAGAAGCAAAGAUUUGGGAAAAGAAAAACUCAUUUCAAAGGAAAUAGAUGAGCAAUAUAUUGUUUCUUCUGAAAAGGCUGAAGAAGGAAAAAAACCUUCCCUGAGGGAUAUGCCCUCUUCCAAAGAGUUUGUCGAAGAAAGGAAAAAAGUAGAAGAGAAAAGUUCCACACCAGAAAUCACAGAAAAGAAGGAUGAUGUAAAAGAUGUGCCUCUUUCAGAGAAAAUGGUUGAAAAAGAGAGGUAUAUUUCAGAAGAUCUGCUUCAAGAAAAAAAGGAAGGUGAGGAGAAGGAAGAGGUUGUCCCAAAGGAUCUUAUUAAAGAAGGAGCAAAAGUAGACACAAUUCAUAUAGAUCAUACAGAAAAAGAAAAGGAAAAAGAUGAGAGAGAGAAGACAGUUACAGAGAAAAUUAUUGAAGAAAAGAAGAAAGAAGUAGGUGAAGAAAGUAUUACUGUGAAGGACUCUGUGGAACAUGAGAAAAAAGGAGAACCAAUAGCUGUAGAGGAUAUUACCAGUGUAAUAGGGAAAGAGGAACCUAAGAAAGACAAAGCUGCUUCAAAGGAACUGCUUCAAGAAAAGAAAGAAGAGAAAGAAAAAGAGAGAGCCAUUACAGAUAUUAGUAAAGAACAGGAAGGCCAACAAGAGGCAGAGAAGAUUACUUCAAAACAAUUCAUUGAAAAAGUCGGAAUGGAGGAAACUACAGCAAAAAUUGCUCCAAAGUAUGUAGUUGAAGAAAAGGAAAAAGACCAAGUUAUUUCAAAGGCUGUGACUGAAGAAAAAAUAGAUGACCUCGAAAAAAGAAAGAUUGUCACUACAUACGAAAAAACUUCAGACAAGAUUGAAACUAUUUUUGACAUUAAAACUGAUUUGUCACUCCAGGAAACUUCACAACUUACAGCUACAACAGCAAAGGAAGUUAAGCCUGCAGAAGUGAUCAAAACUAAUGGUGAACUUGAAAAGAGUGAAGAGAAAGUACCACAAGUGAAAAUGCAUGGAGAGACAACUAUCAAGGGAGGAGAGCCAGAAGAUAAGGUUGACCAGAAGAUGGAACCUGGAAAAGAAACAAUUUCAGCACCAAGUGCUUUAUCUGCCACGUAUCUUGAAAUUAUAGACAAGCUACAACAAGAAGAACCUUCAGAAGUUGAUAAACAGGAAGAUGAAGAGUCACCAAAGAGAGAAGAGCUCAAAGUUAGUGAAGCUGACAAAUCUCUUCGCAAAGAAGUAUCAAAAACGACAGAAGAAUUGGAAGAAAUAUCCGUUACGUCUAGUCAAAUGUCAGAUAUUAAACAUUUUCCACAGGAAGGCGUAAAGCCAGAAAUUACAAAAGACUCACACAGAAAAGAAGAGGAGCAAAUUUCAGAAGAAAAACCACCCCUACAAGAACAAGAACUCAUAAGCAAAAAAGACAAGGCAGAGAUAGGAGUAGAAAAGGAAGAUAAAAAGGUGAAAGUAGAAGCUGACUCAUUAGAAACUGAGAAAACAUCAGCAACUAUAGAAUGGUUAACUUGUGUAGUUAAGGACACAAAGCCAUCAUUGGGAGAAGCACAGGAAGAGAUCUUUAAGAAAGUUGUUAGCACAAAAGAGAAGAAAGUUACUGAGACAGAAGAUCAAAUUGAUGAGAAGAAAGUGAAGGAGAAACAACAAGAGAUAGAAAAGACUGUCAAGGACACUGAUGUCAUGUCAGUCAUAACAGAAAGACAGAAGACAUUACCUGACAGUGAAACUAGCAAGGAAAUUCCUACAAGUAUUGACCAAAAGAAGCAGCCAACUGGAGAAAGAGAAACAAUAGAAGAAUCAAUUGAGGUGGUGAAAAGUCAACCAAAAUAUGAGGCAGACAGACCAUCAGAAACGUUCAGUGAGGUGUAUCAGGAAGACAAGAAAGAUGAGCUUGCAAAAUCAGUGUCUUCAGAAAAGGACAAGCAACUAACAGAUGAAGAGGAAAAGAAACUAAAGACAGAAAAGUUACUUUUAGAGACGGAGGGCAGCAUUAUUUCAAAAGAUUUAGCUGAAACUAUCACCACAACUGUAAUGAAAGAAUACAUCCUGAAAACUACACACAUAACAUCGGAUUCUGUUACAUCAGAUGUACCAGCCCCUGGAAAAAUGCCUGUACAACCAUCUGUGGAACCGGAAAUAACACCUUUGCAAGAGAAAGUGGAGAUUAAAGAGACUGGACUAUCGCCAAAAGUGGAAGACACUGAUAAAAGAGCUGCAGAUACACUAAUUUCUCAUGAACUCAAAGAUACAGAAAAAAUUUCCGCAGGUCAAGAAAUAGGGAAAGAGAAGCAGCUGGGAAUUUCUGAAGAAACUACUGUUUCAAAAGUGAAAGAAGUUUCAAAAGAAGUAAAAGAUGAUGGGAUUACAAGCAAAUUACCAACUUUAGCUGCUGACCAUAGAUCAGAUGAUGAAGAUGGUGAACCACCUCCAUCUCCAGGGGAAGAAUACAUUGAUUCAGGAAUGGAGGAAGAACCAGUCUAUACCAAACUUGAUGCACCAGAACUUCCAGAAUAUGUAACUGUUACUCCUGACUCCACACCUGCAUCACCAAAAGCAUUGCCCUUAAGGCCACAGGAUGACUCUGUAAAAAUGCAUCUUCCUGGAUCUGAAGAGAAGGAAGGAAAAGAAAAACUUAAAUCUGAACAUACUGAAACUGACAAGAAAGAGCCUGCCAAGGCAACGACUACAGCCCUUCCCCAGGAAAAAGAGGUGGAGUAUAGAAAGUAUGUGGAUGACACUGGUGACAAAACUGGUCAACCAGGAGAAGUUAUCACAGACAAAGAUGGUCAUAUUGUAACAAGAAGAACAAAAACUGAAUACAAAACAAUUGUGACCAGGGAAGGUAAGCCUGAUGAAAAGACAGUUUCAAGUCUAGUGGCUGGUUCAGUUAUACCUAUUUCAUCGGGUGAGAUCACAACAUAUACAACUGGAGUUAAAGAUGACAAACUAUCAGAUGAAGAACAUCUGGAAGAAAUUGAUGAUGAUUCCAAAGAAUCAGUCUCAGAGGAAACAUUCACAGAUGAAGAUGGUAAAACUGUAACAAGGAAGAUAAUAAGGCGUUACAAGACAGUAGUUACCAGCAGAACUGAAUCAGCUGAAGAGAAAGGUAUAAUGAAAGAAAUUCAGCCCUCAUUUUCAUCUGAAGCAGGACCUGGUUCAUUUAUACCUGUUUCAUCAGGUGAGAUCACAACGUAUACAACUGUAGUUAAAGGUGACAGACUAUCAGAUGAAGAACACCUGGAAGAAAUUGAUGAUGACUCAAAAGAAUCACUCUCUGAGGAAACAUUCACAGAUGAAGAUGGUAAAAUUGUAACAAGAAAGGUAGUAAGGCGUUACAAGACAGUAGUAACAAGCAGAACUGAGUCAGCUGAUGAGAAGGGUGAAAUAAAAGAAUUUCAGCCCCCAUUUUCAUCUGAAGCAGGACCAAUGGUACUACCGUCAUCCUCAAAAACAACAACAACAAAAAUAAUUGAAGGUCAUGAAUAUCCACUAGACACUGACAAGCAAGAUGACAAAGCAGCUGUUUCAGAAGAAACAUUCACAGACAAGGAUGGCAAAACUGUGACAAGAAGAACUGUGCGACAUUACAGAACUUACAUAACUCAGUCCACAGGAGAAAUGGAACCUACUCAUAUAAAGACAGAUGACAGAACUCCCCUUGAACCAGCUCAAGAUGUUGAUGAAAGUGAAACACGUGUUACAGUGUCCACAGACAAAGUAGGCACAGAAGAAAUCGUGGAGUUCGAUGACGACGAUGAAAAAGAAUCAGUAACCGAAGAAACAUUUACAGACGAAGAAGGUAGGACAGUAACAAGAAGAGUAAUAAGGAGAUAUAAGACAGUGAUAACGAAAGAAAGGGAAGUAGUGGAUGAGAAACCUACUACAAAACUGGUAACUACUACAGCAACAAAGAAGACUGAAACAAAAGAAGGUGACGACAUUGAUGAUGGUGUAGAAAUGGAAGAAUGCACAGAGCUCAGUGAUCAGGAUGAAAAAGAAUCUGUGUCUGAAGAAACAUUCACAGAUGAAAGUGGCAAAACUGUGACCAGAAAAAUUGUAAGACGGUACAAGACAGUUGUCACAAGGGGAAGUGAAUCUGUCGAUACAGAAGAUUCCAUUAAAUUACCACCUAAGGAAGCAAAGGGUAUUGCAGAUGAAAUAGAAACAGAACAGGCUGACUUAGAUGAUCAAGAUGAAAAAGAAUCUGUGACUGAGGAAACAUUCAUUGAUGAAAGUGGCAGAACUGUAACAAGAAAAGUUGUCAGACGAUAUAAGACAGUGGUAACAAAAGAAAGUUCCUCUGUGGGCACGGAAGAAUCUAGUCAAGUAAGAGCUACAGACAUAAUACAUUCAGAAUUGUCUCCAACUGCUCUCACCCAGAAAAUGUACACUACAGUAAUUAAAUCAGAUGAUGAUAGGGAUGAUGGGGUAGAAACAGAUAAAUUACAUGAGUUAGAUGAUCAGGAUGAAAAAGAAUCUGUGUCCGAAGAAACGUUCACAGAUGAAAGUGGCAAAACUGUGACCAGAAAAAUUGUAAGACGGUAUAAGACAGUUGUCACAAAGGGAAGUGAAUCCAUUGGUACAAAAGAUACCACUAAAUUAGCUCCUAAGGUAGCAAAGAGUAUUGGGGAUGAAACAGAAACAGAACGAACUGACGUAGAUGAUCAAGAUGAAAAAGAAUCUGUGACUGAGGAAACAUUCACUGAUGAAACUGGCAGAACUGUAACAAGGAAAAUUGUCAGACGUUAUAAGACAGUGGUGACAAAAGAAAGUUCCUCUGUAGGUGCAGAAGACUCUAGGCAAAUAAGAGCUACAGAUAUAACUGCUUCAGAAAUGUCUCCAGAUGUUCUCACCCAGAAAACAUACACUACGCUAAUUAAAUCAGAUGAUGAUAGAGAUGAUGGGGUAGAAACAGAUAAAUUAGAUGAGUUUGAUGAUCAGGAUGAAAAAGAAUCUGUGUCUGAAGAAACAUUCACAGAUGAAAGUGGCAAAACUGUGACCAGAAAAAUUGUAAGACGGUAUAAGACAGUUGUCACAAGGGGAAGUGAAUCUGUUGAUACAAAAGAUUCCAUGAAAUUAGCUCCUAAAGAAGCAAAGGAUAUUGUAGAUGAAAUAGAAACAGAACAGGAUGAAUCAGAUGAUCAAGAUGAAAAAGAAUCUGUGACUGAGGAAACGUUCACUGACGAAAAUGGCAGAAUUGUAACAAGGAAAAUUGUCAGACGAUACAAGACAGUGAUAACAAAAGAAAGUUCUUCUGUGGAUGCAGAAGACUCUAGCCAGAUGAGAGCUACAGACACAAUUGCUUCGGAAUUGUCUCCAACUGUUCUCACCCAGAAAACAUACACUACAGCAAUUAAAUCAGAUGAUGAUAGAGAUGAUGGUGUAGAAACAGAUAAAUUAAAGGAGUUUGAUGAUCAGGAUGAAAAUGAAUCUGUGAGUGAAGAAACCUUCACAGAUGAGGGUGGCAGAACAGUAAGAAGGAAAAUUAUAAGGCAUUACAAGACAGUCAUUAGACAAGAAGGUGAACCCACAGAUGGAAAAGAUUCUACGACAAUAAAAAUGGAAAAGAUAAGUGCCCCAGACCUAACCUUAACUGCAACUACCAGCGAAAGUUGCACGACAGAUAUAAAAGAAGGUGUUGGUGUAGACGAUGGUAUUGAAAUAAGUGAUCAAGAUGGCAAAGAAUCUGUGACUGAAGAAACUUUCACAGAUGAAAAUGGCAAAAUUGUAACAAGGAAGAUUAUAAGGCGAUACAAGACUGUGGUAAUGAAAGAAAGUGGGUCUUUGGAGGAUAAAGGCACUAGUGAAAUAGAGAAGAAAGAUGUAAGAGAUGUGGAACAGAUGUCAACUGCUUUUACUACAGAUACACAUACUACAGCACUAGGUGUCAUAGAAAGAGAUGAACUUACAGACUUUGAUGAUCAAGAUGAAAGGGAAUCUGUCUCUGAAGAGACAUUCACUGAUGAGGAUGGCAGAACAGUGACUAGAAAAAUUGUGAGGCGGUACAAGACAGUGGUCACGAAAGAGAGUGAGUUAUCUGAUGAAAAAGAUACCAGUCAAUUAACAAAAGUGCUGGGAACUGGUUCAGAACUGCCAACCACUACUAUCUUGAGGAAAAUUUACACUACAGUCACUAAAGAUGGUGAAGGUACUGAAGACGGUUUAGAAACAGAGCAGCUUGAUGAGCUGGAUGACCAAGAUGGAAAAGAAUCUGUCACUGAAGAGACAUUUACAGAUGAGCAUGGAAGAACUGUCACAAGAAAAAUUGUGAAAAGAUAUAAGACAGUAGUGACAACAGAAGGUGAAGAUGUUAUUGGAGACAUUAGUAGUGAUGGCAAGGAAGAGAGAGAUGAGGAUGACAGUAAAGAUUCAGUCACAGAAGAAACAUUUACAGAUGAAGAAGGAAGAACUGUAAGAAGGAAAAUUGUGAAGCAUUACAAAACAACAGUGUUAAAAGCUGAUGACAUCACGGAUAAAACAUUAUCUACAACAGAGUUACAAUUUGAUCCAGAUGCAAAAGAGAAAAGCAUUGCUUUCAGUUCAUUUACUACUGCUGAAGGCAAAAGUGACAUUCCCCUUGAUUUUACUGAAGGUGAGGAUGGAAAAGAUUCCAUUAUAGAAGAAACUUUCACAGGAGAAGACGGAAGUGUUGUAACCAGGAAGAUAACAAGACAAUACAAAACCAUUUUAAAACAGGAGGCUGGAUCUGAUGAUCAUCAUUUUACAACAAAAAUUUCAACAGGGUCAGCUGACUCAAGUUUACCACUGACCACCACAACAAUGACAAAAACCUACACAACUGUAACAAAACAAGGUGAUGACUAUGGUGACGACUUCUCGGAAGAUUUAGGAAAGGCUCAUGAACCCAGUGGGGCAACAUCUAAAACCACCACUACAGUGACUACAAUUACUAAAAGAAUUUCUUCAAAGGAUGGAGAAGAAGAAAUAACUGAAGCCACUACAGAGGAAGUAACUUCUGAAGAUGGAAAAGAACAAAGUACUGUCACAGUUACCACAAAGAGAGAUGAACAUGGUGAUAUGGUAGUCCACACAUCAAUAACCCCCAGAGAUAAAGAAAUUGAUGGUUACAGUAUUGCAGGACCAGUUAGCUUCAUUGGCAGUGAUAAAGGGGAGCAUUCAGCACACUCCACUGUUAGUACUACUGUUACGACUUCUCAGAUGACCACAGAUGCCUGGAAGACUGGUAGAAAACAUGACUCAAAGCAGUGUGACAGUGAUGAGGAAGAUGACCCUACAUCGCCACUAAGCAUUACAUCACAACUUGCACAUUCUCCACCAUCACAUUUUGGAUUUGAAACAUCUGCUAGUCCUACAGCAUCAGUAGAGCUUUACUCACCCAAAAUAAUUCCUUCACAAAAAGUAAGUUCCACACAGAUGACUAGUUCAUUUUAUGGUAGUAUGCCAUCUGGAGAAGAGCAGUUGACAUCUACAGAUGAGAAACUGGACUUCCAAAGGGCACUUCAUGAACACAGAGAAGCAAGAGGUGAAGAUCUCCAGUCAUCUUUCCACAGCCCACCUGUGCAUAAAACUGUAACAACGGGUUACAAAGAGGGAUUGCUACAUGGUGAACAGCUGUCAUCAGGAAUAAAUGGCCAAAAGCAUGAAGAUAUUGACAGCAAAGGAGCUACCACAAAAAUUAUUCCUUCCAGUAGUGGAGUGAGUGCCACAAGCCAAAAAAUACCUCCAGUAGUAACCAGUGCACACCUUCCUGCUGAGCAUGGUCAGUCAGCACAAAAAGAUACAAAGGGUGACAAACAAAAGGAUCCAGUUGGCAGUUGGGGGAAACCACUUGGGCUCCCAGCACCUGCACCGCCACCUGCGAACACAAUCACAACUAAUGGCGAAGUCAACACAGCUACUAAGCCCGGGACCCCAAAAAAGGAAAAGAAAGCUAUGCAAAUGAAGAAGAACUUAGUAAUGAAUGAAAACAACAAAGCAGCAAAUGCACAGUCAGCAAAAGAAUCAAAAUCUAGGCGUUCAGAAUCACCAGUAAAACAGAAGAAUGUGUCAAAUAAAGAUGUUGGGAAAAACACAAAAGUUCCUGGAGGCCAUAUAUAUAUUGACCUAACCUAUGUCCCACAUCAUGGAAAUUCAUACUACACCAAUGUAGAAUUUUUCAAGAAAGUCAGAGCAAGGUACUAUGUAUUCAGUGGCACAGAACCAAGUCGAGAUGUCUACAAUGCUCUACUUGAAGCUAAACAAACAUGGGAAGAUAAGGAUUUAGAAGUAACUAUCAUUCCCACUUAUGAUACCGACACUCUUGGUUACUGGGUCGCCGAGAAUGAAGAUCUGCUUACAAAAUGCAAGAUUGACCUCUCUCCGUCAGCAAGUCGCUGCACAAUAAAUCUGCAAGAUCAUGAAACAAGCUGUUCAGCAUAUCGGUUGGAGUUCUAAUUGUUGCUGACUGAUAAACAGUCACAGAAAUAAACUCACUGCCCAUAAAAGCCAUUACUGCUCUAUAGUAUGAACUGGCUUGGACGAUGCCAUUUUUAGCAUUAGCCGAAGUAUUUCUUGUUACCAUCCUUGAUACUUUUUGUGGUCUAAGACAAAGGAAGUUAUGAUGUCCUUCCAGAGAAAUUAAAAACGUCUUUCAGGAAAUUUUCUUGUAUGAUGAAGUCUGUGCUGAUGUUGAGGACCCUUCAACAUAAAUGGUGAUGAUGAAAUGGAAAAAAAAAUGCAACAGUUUUGUUGUAUCAUUUAUUUUUAGGUUGUUCUUUCAGAAUGUCAGCAGUUCUAUUUAUACUGUCAGUUCAUAAGAUUCAAAUAGAUGCAUGGUCACAUAAAUAUGAAAUUUAUGAUAUAUGUCCAAAAAAUGUUAGCUGUUUUUCAUUUUCAUUGAUACACAAAAAAAGUAAGACACAAAUGUGGUGUGUGUUUACAUUUCAGUCCUGGGGUAAAAGACAGUUUUUACUGAAAGCAAAUUGUCAUAAAACUGUGGUACUUACAUCCAUAAAUAUAUGUAUAUAUAAUGAGCAAAAUCUUUUUCAAAGUAUUGAGUCUAAGAAACACCCAUCUCUCUUACACAUUCAAGAAAUUUAUUUUUCUAAGCUUCCUGAGAAGUGAAAUUGAAAGUGAAAAGAGAGAACAACUUCCCCAUUGGGUUCAAUGUAUAUUUGUUGAUAGGAGAAAUGAAACUGUCUCACGCAUUAAAUACAAUCACUACCAGUUGAGAAAACCAUUAAGUACUUUCCAGAAAACAAAACAAACAAAAAAUCAUGUUUUUUGUGCCAUAGGCCUCGAGUGAUAACACAUGAAAAAUUAUACAAGAAAGGAUAAACAAAAACAAGAAAUAUUUUAUAAUAAAACAAGUCGAACAUAAGUAAAUUAUUUCCUAUGUCCAUAUAGUUAAAACAAUCCCAUUAUUAUAAGAUGCCACAUUUGUCUUAUGUUGCUUAUUAUAUUAUAAGCAUCAACAUGGUUUAAUUAUUGUUCCUAAAGUGGACAUUGUAUCAUCCUUUUUCACGUUUGGAGGGAUACCGUUAAACAGUGUUGAAAAACCAAAUAAGAUGACCUAGUUUUUGAUCUAUGUAACGUUUUACUAAUAAUGUUAAAAUCAUGAAAUUAAAAUUAAUUCCCUAAACAGUGUUACCUUAAUGUAAAGUUGUUAGAAAGUAACAGAAGCUUCAUUGAAUGUUUAAAGUGCAUCCUGAGAUCAUAUUUUGUGUGUCAUGAGAAAAAUGAGUCUGCAGUAACUAAUAAUUUAUCCAUAUCUUCAGAAAUGUUCCAUUUUUUGUUUAUGAAUAUUGUAAGCUGUAAAUUUAGAAACUGUGUGUUUACUCACAGUCAUGAUUGUGCAGUGGUUGUGUGUAUGUACUCAAUAAGUGCUCACCCUCAUACCUAAAGUGACAUGUACUUACAAACACAUUAAUUUAAGUCUUCCUCUCACCCUCCUGUUCAUUCCUGCCUGCAAUGCAGUUUUUAAGAAUAUAUGUUUUUGAAAGUUUUAAUCUAUAUUUAAGUCUUCCUACACAUAGCAAAUAUUUUAUAUUUAUACUUAGCAACAUAAGUCUUAUUUUUAAUGCUGUCAUCGUAUUUAUGUAGCGUUUUAUGCAUCCAUUGUGCACGAAAAUACACUUUAUGUAAAAGCUUGAAUGCUAAGCAGAAAAGUAUUUAUCAUUUAUGUUAUCUUUGAUUCAGAUGAUAUUUGAUGUCGUACACAAUUUAAACAUUAGCUUAAUUUUUUUUUUAUCUGCCCAGGUGGGACAGUAUAAGUAUAGAAGACAGACUGUUUUUUGAAACAAGAAAGAAAUCCAAAAGUGUUGGCAUGGAUAGAACUUACUUCAGCUCAGAAAAGAGAGCAGCUAGAUGUUGCGUUGUUAUAAGUUUGUUUUUGUGUAUGUGAAUUGUUAAAACAAGUGAACAAAACACUGAAAUAUGAAGGAAGAGUAUGGACUGUUGUAGAUAGUAUCUAUCAAAUUGAAAACUGUUGAGUGUAAAAUAUUUCAUAGGCAUGAAACAUGAUGAAAUAAUGUCUGAAGCACUACAAAAAUGGACAAUUUUGUGGAAAUGUAGAAGUUUAUCUGACUUACAGCAACAUACAUGUCACACACACAACUCUUGAAGCAUAGAUGAAUUUGUAGCAAAUGGAGGAAUCCGUUUUAUCCUCCUCUCAUUUUGUACUUACCUGAGAAUGUGUGAUUUUAUAACAGUAAAAAAUUAGGACAUUUAAUUUUUUGUACAAUAUUGUGUAUCUUUUCAGAAAUGUGUAUUAUACUUCAUUUCAUUUUGUGUGCUGGUCAAUAAUCUAGUUUUGUAGAAUUUUAAAUAGUUACUUCACCUGUAUCUUUCAUUAUUAUACUAUUACUCCCUGUUAUGAACUGUUUCUAUAUAAGGCCUAAUUUAUUAUUUUUGAAAAUAUUACUCUUGUUUUGUCCACAUGUUUUGUACUUUUGUUAAUGGAUGGUAAACUUGAAUAUGACAGUGUGAAUGAGGUGCUCGUUUAUUACUUUCUGACUGAAAAUAAUUUUCUGAAGUAGUAGUUUAACAUACAAAAGUUUGUAUGUUUGUUAUGAGAUCUUUUCAAAAUGACUGUUGCCAUGGAACUAUAUAUGUAUAGUGUCUACAGUAUCUCAGCAACAAGAAACCGAGCUUGAAUAAAUGAAACACAGUUGUUAAUAGUUAAAUGGAACUGUUGCUAUCGUAAGAUGGAGAAGUUGUGGUAGAACUAUGAAUGGUGCUAGCAAAUGCCUUGUUAAAAAUACAAAUCAAACCUCCACAUUUUUUGUGUGACUUUACUGUUAAUAAUUACAGUUGGACCACUUAAUAGGUCACACAAAAAGAGUGUGUUGAGAGUAAAAGUGUAAUCAGAGAAGUGAAGUUUGUAUCGGAUUCAGUUGUGGCUGGCCUUGUGAUUGUAAAGAAUGUUUCCUUAUUUGACACAUCAUUUUAUGAUUAUUUAUUUAUUUAUUUUCCAUAUAAAAGUUAUUUGUGUUUCUAAUGUUGCACCUUUAAACUUUUAUGCUUUUGUCUUUAUUAUAUGAAAAUUGAAAUUAAAAAAAAAAAAAAUAUGGCCCCUGUCUCAUCAAAACAACAUAUUUUGUCAUGUUUGCUUAAAGUGAAGCUUCUAGUCACAGAGUCUGCUCUAUGCUUGUUCUGAUACCAUUGCAGUGUAUGUAUGGGAAAUGUAUGAGAAAUAAAUCAAAACCAAAAAAUAAACUAAAAAGGGGAAAAUCGUAAAAGUGAA